AUGGCAACUCGAAGCUCAAACAGAAAUCGGGAGUUUUCCCCUGCUAGGUACAGUGGCGUACUGGCGUCUAGUAUCAGUCUUCCUAUUGCUGUACCACCACCGCCGCUAGCCGAGACCGAACCAGGCGUCCCACAUUCCAAACCCCCACCGCCAUUGACCAAUGGCAAUGAUGACGGCUCCGUCUCCACCUCGAAGAGCUCUUGCCGUUCGUCACCAACUCCAUCUCAAACUCGAAGUGACCAAAAUACCUUCACAAUGAGAGACGAGAGAGACAUACUAGAUCUGUACGCAACCGACUACAAACCUGUUUGGGCUGCAGGAAUUGAAUUCCCCGGUGCCAUUCCAGAAGAGAUAUCACAGUAUCUGUAUGAGGAUGGCGAGCAGGUCUCCUUGUUCAUCGGACCGUUGUCAAGCCUUUUUUGGCUUGAGGGGGUGGAAGAGCUCGAAGAGCUCAUUCGCGAUCCCGCAUAUGUUCUUACAGAUGAGUACCGUUCGAUCCCACAGGGUUCUCCGCGUCUUUGGAUUGUUUCCAUUUUGUUUGAAGAAGGGAAGAUACCAGCAACAUUCAUGGACAAGAUCUAUGAAGAACCUGUCCGACGCCAGACUUCCGUGAUUUCUUAUGCCAGCUCUAUUCCCCCGAAUCUCACAACAACUCCUACUCAAAACAGCUAG